AUGCAGCUACGCACCACCCUCGCAGUCGCCCUGCUGCCAGUCUUCGCCACCGCAUGGCCGACGUGGUCCACCCAGGAGGUCUCCAAUACGAAGCGCGACCAGAGCUGGAGCUUCAACGUCUACCUGCACAAGAACGAGUCGUGCAAGACAGAGCCGACAGUGACGUCCUACCAAGGAUCGGUGGGCUGCGGGUCGCCCGGAAUCAAAGAAGUCGGGUCCUGGAAGGGCAACGGCAUCGCCGACGGCUGCAAGGUCAACUUCUACUCGGACGGUUGGUGCGGCACCCUGGUCGACUGGAUGGACACGCAGACGGACAAGGAGCAGUGCAAGACCCAGUUUGACGGCGUUAUUCAGACUUUCGACGCGGUGUGCAAGUAG